GACCAAUGGGGCGAGAAUGACGCCCUCCUGGUUUUGGAAACCCCGAAGAAAAAUUUACCUACAAAAUCUCCAUUCUGAACAAAAAGUUAAAUUUGUCUGGCAUUGUGGACUUUCCAAGACAGCCUUCUGCCGCUUCAUCCUAUUGGUCCUACCUUCUUCUUGUCUCUAUUUCCAUGGCAAACAAACGCUCUGGAUGCUAUUUCUGGGUCACCCCGACAUGUUUUUUCCUUCUUCUCUGACAUUCCCCAGAUUCUGCAUUCAUUUCCAGCUUCAUGAUCUUGCAGUUUGUUAAGAUGGACCGUCGGAGUUGGUUAUGGCGCAGGAAAUCAUCUGACAAGAGUCUCGCCGAAACAGAGAGUUCGGGAUCAAUGUCAUCUCAUUCGGAAAGGUUCUUCGAUGAUCAGGCAUAUCCAACCCAAACUUCUAGUACAUCACCGGCCGUCAUGUCUAAGGUUGCAUCGAAUGAAGAAGAGGUUACCGAUGUAAAGAUUCUAAAAGAACAAUUGUCUGCUGCUCUCCUAAGCAUUAGUGUCAAAGAAGACUUGAUAAAGCAGCACGCAAAUGUUGCGGAGGAAGCAAUCUCAGGCUGGGAGAAGGCUGAAGAUGAUGUGUUGUCUUUUAAACAACAACUUGACGCUGCAAAGAAGAACAAUUCACAUCUUGAAGAACGAGUUAGUCAACUUGAUAUGGAGCUCAAGGAGUGUGCAGGGCAGCUUCGACAAGCUAGAGAAGAGCAAGAGCAAAAGAUCCACGAAGCUGUUGCGAACAAUUCUGUCGUCUGGGAAUCAAAAAAAUCAGAGCUUGAGGGUAAAGUUGCUGAGCUUGAGGCCCAGCUUCAAACAGCAAAAGUGGAAACUACUACAUCGAUUAGCUGUGAUCUUAAACAGAAACUUGAGGCUGUGGAGAAAGAGAAUGCAGGCCUUAAACUUGAGCUACAAUCUCGACUUGAAGAAAUCGACUUCAUGAUCACUGAGAAGGAUUUAAGUGCAAAAGCUGCUGAAACAGCAAGCAAGCAACAUUUGGAAAGCAUUAUGAAGAUCGCUAAUCUCGAAGCUGAGUACAGGAGACUAAAAGCCAUAGCUCAUAGAACAUGCUCUGCAAAUGAUCACGUGUCUUUGACUGCUUCCUCAGUUUUUGUAGAAUCCUUCACAGAUAGCUUGUCAGAAAGUGGAGAGAGGCUGCAUACCGUUGAAAAUGAUACCAAUGAAUGUGAGCCAAGUCGUUCUAACUCUUGGGCUUCUGCUUUGGUUACUGAAUUUGAUCAAUUUAUGAAUGAAAAGACUGCUGGAAAAAAUCGUAUGGCCGCUUCAAUCGAGAUUAACCUCAUGGAUGAUUUCCUUGAGAUGGAAAGGCUUGCCGCAUUGCCAGACACAGAGAGUGGAAGCAGUUUUCUUGAGACAGAACAGUCAGUAGAUCAACCUAAAAGUGACCAAAACACAGCCAAAACUGAUGUGGAAUCUUUGAUUCAUAGGAAUUCUGAAUUGGAGGAACAAAUAAAGAAGAUGGAGACUAAUAAACUUGGGGUUGAGAUGGAAUUAACUGAGUGCCGAGAGCAGCUCCAUGCAUCACAGAUGCAAACAAAGGAUGCGGAGUUGAAGAUAGCAGAACUUCAGACUCAGUUAGAUCUCACAAUGAAAUCAAAUCAGGAAGCAUAUGAAGAACUAGAGGAAGCUAAAACCAAGAAUGAGGUAGCGGGAUCAAAACUCUCAGUUCUUCAAACUGAGGUGCAAGAAUUGGUUUCAAAAAUUGGUUCAAUGGAGGAACAGAUUCAGAAGGAGCGAGCUUUGUCGGCUGAGUAUAAUGCCAAGCGUGAGAAGUUGGAGGAUGAACUUUCAAGAAUAAAGCACGAUGCUCAGCUUCAGAGAGAAGCCGAGAUACUGGAUAGGGAAGGAAUCACUAAGGAGCUGAAGUUAAAGCGGGAGAAGGAACUUUCACUGGCUGCUAGUAGACUUGCAGAGUGCCAGAGAACCAUCGCAUCUCUUGGUCAGCGGUUAGAGUCUCUUGCAACAUUGGAAGACCUCCCACAUGAUUCUCAGAAACCCGUGGGGCUAACUAGUGAAGCUAAACAGAGUCCCAAAAGUGCAGAUCAACUCUUAAAAUCACGCCACAGCGAUUUGAAUUUCCAAAGAAGAGAUUUUGUGUCUUCAAUAUCGAGAAACCCAUAUACUGCCUCUGAGAAAAGCCGUAGUGGUUUUGGAAAGUCGGCCCCCAGAAGUAAGAGCGUAAGCAGAGCAGGACGACACUGAAAAACGCUGCGGUUUUUUUUUUCCGGGGGGGGGGGGAGUUCAACGAAAAAAAAAAAUCUAAGUUGUUUAUCCGUUCAUAUCUGCCUGAGGUUGUGUACAAUACAAGUCUUGCAUAAGUACUAAGAAACCAAACAAUGCCCUUGAAUAGGAAUAUUACUGAAGUGAAGCAGUUUUAAA